GACAUGAAACCUUUUGAAGAUGCUCUCAAGAACCAGUCCUUGGGGCCUGUGUUGAGCAAGGCGGCCUCGGUCGAGUGCCUCAGCCCCGUCUCCCCCAGGGCCCCGGAUGCCAAGAUGCUGGAAGAGCUGAAAGCAGAGCCUUGGUACCAAGGAGAGAUGAGCAGGAAGGAGGCCGAGGGGCUGCUGAAGAGAGACGGAGACUUCCUGGUCAGGAAGAGCACCACUAACCCUGGCUCCUUCGUCCUCACUGGCAUGCACGACGGCCACGCCAAGCACCUGCUGCUCGUGGACCCAGAAGGCACGGUCCGGACGAAGGACAGGGUCUUCGACAGCAUCAGCCACCUCAUCCACCACCACCUGGAGAACAGCCUGCCCAUCGUCUCCGCCGGGAGCGAGCUCUGCCUGCAGCAGCCGGUGGAGAGGAACCUGUGACCCGCCAGCCGCCCUGUCCUGACCCUGCGCCCUGGUCAGGGAGACUCGG